GGCCCUCGCCGAGUUGAGAGGUCGGGUUAGGACCCCGGCAUGCCAACCCAGCACCCGAGUGAGGGCAGGCACGUCUACUUUGAUUUUUUAAUUUCUGUCCUUUGAUCAUUCGGAGGAACGUGUCGGGGAAAAUGGAAAACGACAUACUGGACGCGUUAGAAGACCUGGGCUAUAAGGGCCCUCUCCUGGAGGACGGAGCGCUGGACCAGGCAGUGUCCAGCGGGGCAGCCUCGCCCGAGUUCACUAAAGUGUGCGCUUGGAUUGUGACCGAGCUCAAGCUCUACUGUAAACUGGAGGAGAACAUCCAAGCCACCAACAGUCCCGGGGAAGCAGAAGGGUUUCAGCUGGAGAUCAGCGGCCUGCUGUCCGAGAUGAUGUGCCCCUAUUCUGUUCUCACGUCAGGAGACGUCACCAAACGGCUUAUGAACAAGAACAACUGCCUUCUGCUGAUCACUUACCUUAUUUCUGAGCUGGAGGCCUCAAAAAUGAUCAUCGUCAAUAGACCGCAGAAGAAAGUGCAAGAGGCAGGAGGCAGUGAGGUUUUCAUGGAAUUGAAGGGGAUCUGCAUGGGACUGGGCAUGUCCAAGCCCCCUGCCAACAUCUCCAUGUUCCAGUUCUUCAGUGGCAUCGAGAAGAAGCUGAAGGAAGCUUUGUCCAAGGUGUCUCCUUAUCACGUCGGAAAGCCCCUGAUGAAGAAAACGCUGGGACCAGUUCACUGGGAGAAGGUUGAAGCCAUUAACCAAGCCCUUGCAAAUGAAUAUGAAGUCCGGAGGAAGAUGUUGUUGAAACGUCUUGAUGUAACAGUUCAGUCAUUUGGUUGGUCUGAAAGAGCCAAGGCUCACACUGAAAAGUUGGCCAAAGUGUACCAGCCAAAGCGUGCAGCUCUCGCUGCGAAAAGCACCGUCUCUGUAGCUCAUCUCUUCGCUGCGCGGGAGGAUCUGUCCAAAAUCCUAAGGACGAGCAGUGGGAAUAUCCGCGAGAGGACUGCCUGUGCCAUUAACAAAGUGCUGAUGGGCCGUGUGCCCGACCGAGGCGGGAGACCCAACGAGAUUGAGCCGCCCCCCCCAGAGAUGCCCAGCUGGCAGAAGAGACAGGACGGGCCGCAGCAGCACGGAGGAGGCGGGGGCGGGCAGGGGUACGGGGGCGGCGGGGGCAGAGGAGGGGGCAGAGGGGGCUACGAGCAGCCGUCGCAAGGGGGGCGAGGAGGCUACGACCGGGGGGGCAGCAGGGGUGGGGGGGGUGGAAGAGGAGGUAAAGUACAAGGAGGCUGGUCAGACGGAGGAGGCGGCGGCGGCGCGUACCAGGGCAACUACCAGGGCGGGGGUGGCUACCAGGGUGGCAGUGGGGGGUACUCCGGCGGAGCUUUUCAUGGCGGCUUCCAGGCGCCGAGUUACCCAGGAAGUGGAUACCAGGGUGGCGGGGGCAGCUACCAAGGAGGUGGAGUGGGCGCGUACCAGCAGGACAGCCGAUACCAGGAGGGGGGGCACCAGGACAGGGGGGGGCGCGGAGGGCGAGGGGGCCGGGGCCGGGGCAGUCGUGUAGGCCAAGGAGGAGGCUGGGGAGGGAGAGGAGCGCAGAACUACGGCCAGGGAGGGCAGUUCGAGCAGUACUUCCAGCAGGGGGGCUAUCAGUAUAAUCAGGCGGGCUUCGGCCAGGGGCGGCACUACGCCAGUUGAGGACAGCCCCGCGGUCAUUGCAGCAGAGCUCACACGUUCGGAGAUGAGGAAGGGGGGAAUACGCCUUAAACCUUUACAGUUUGCACAGCGACAGUGAGAGCCUGGCAGGAGGUUGAAUCUUUUUAAUUUGUGCUGGUAAAGGAAUUUUGUCAGAGAAAACCGAAACCUGAAAUUUUCCUUGCCAAAAAAAAAAAAGGGAUAGUUGCCAACAAAAAACAAGUCACAUUGUUAAUGAUUUUUAUUUCUCACACUGGCAGUUGUUGCUUUUGAUUUUUUUUAAUCAUAUAACAGAUGUGACAGUACCUAUGCAAUCUUUUUUUUUUGUAUUGUAAUAGGGUGUUCCUUAUGUGGGAGAAGAAUUAUUCCUCAUAUUUCUUUUCACUCUGGAUCCUGCUUCUAAGAAUUACCUUCAGAUGAUUUAAUUGUGUCCCACAAGCUGAAAAGACAAUAUGAGCUCUGUUGUAGUCACUAAAGCUGGAAUUUGAAUAGCCUUAUCCUCUGGAUUAUUUGAAAAAAAAGGAUCUAGUCAAAGUCAAAGUUCAGAGGCUGAGUAUUUAAUACCACUACACUUUAUAACGGUCUGCAAAACUACAUGCACAUUUCACCAGGUCUGGGGCUCAGAAACAUGCUACCGUGUAGUGAAAUUCUUGCAGUCCACCAAUAGAGUUGUUUGACUUGAAAUUUACUUGAAAGAAGUUUUCUUAAAUUUGCUUUAAGCAUGAGUUUACAAGGUUGGUUCAGCAAAAGUAUGAAUGAGUUGGUGACAGAACCAUGGCCAUCUGGGAAGAUGACCUUGUGCACCCGGAGGUCUUCUGCUAAUGCUGCACCCUUCUGCUGACCAGCCCUGCUUACGUUUUUUGUUACUCAAGAAGGACAAGAAGUGACGUGAUACCGUUUGUUGGCUAGUUUGUGUACAUAAGUUAUGAGAAAAUGCUGGAAAGUGUAACUAAAUGACAGGUGAGCAAUAAAGAAAACUUAAAAAUCU